UCCCAGCCUGUCUGUUUGAAGUGUUUUGUUUUGGUUGCCGUUCCCGCCAAACUACAGGCAGAAAAAUCUGCAACGUUUUCGCAAUUCGCGACAGUUCCUGUGAAGAAUUGCUGGCCGAAGAGCUACGGUCCACGUCCAGCUGCGUGUACCAUAACGAAACGGAAGUGUGCAAGUGAGCACAAUGGAGGACGACCAGGCGUUUCGUGCCAAAUACCAAAAGUGCAAGUACCGGGUGAAACAAUGGGAAAAAGAGUUCAGGAAAAAGUAUGGCCGUAUUCCAUCAAAGCUGGAUAUUCGCGAAUCACCGAGCGAGAUUAGAAACUCGUACAAACUGUACUACCAGCUGAAAACGAACCUUUUGAAGCACACCCUGUUGGAUGCGCUGGAUGAUGAUGAUGAUUUCGAUGGCUCACUGAUAUCCCAAGAAGCGAGCUUUUCUCAGGAUGUUUCGGGUGAUGUUUCCGGUCUGCUGCUGUCUUCCGGCACGAUCCUCAACGACAGUGCACUGCUGGAACGAAGCUCCUCCAUGAGCAGCUUGCUAACGAAACCGAUCGCAACCGCCCAACCGUCCGACACGCACUUCGAGGCGGAAAAGCUAGAUCAACACAAUCUGGUCGCCUGGCAGGGCGAAAAAAGCCGGAAAGCGGUACAACCGACCAAACCGGCCGAACCAAUCGAACCACCCAAACCGGUAACGUUGAAGGGCAUCACGCUGUUGCCCAAAUCGACCGCCCUAAUCCCGAAGCGCAAUCCACGCAAAUCGAUUUCGCGCAACUCGUUCGGACCAUCAUCUCAGGGUAGCUCGACGAACGGAACUGCCCCGAAGAUGGUUCUUCCCGAUCUGGAAACGCUACUGACGGCAAAAUCGAAGGAGCUAGAAAGUAAUGCAACGAAGGUGGAGGAAAAACUGCCCGCCCCACCGUUGGUGCCGACGCAAAGCGAACCAAUCAAUCAGCUGGAUGAACGGUGGAUCAAUCGUCUGUCAGGUGGAACGGGUGACAGUAAUGUCACAACCACCGAUGCCCGUCCAUCCAGCGAACGUCCGACUCCCACCAACUUUGGGCUGCGUAACGUCAACGUGGCUUCGCUGGCAUCGGCAACCAGCUUCGGCAUGUCGGCCUUAAGUAUGACCGAUAAAGCCGGCGGCACUGCCGUUGUUUCACCGCAGGCAACGGCGGCAGCGGCCCGAAUUGGCGUUCAAAAUACCGCAUACGAUGCGGCGAUACACUCCGACUCGGAUGGGGUGGUAGAAAACUCGGAAGACGAAUCGGCUACAAAAACGUCCCCGGGAAUGCUGCACAUUGCCAAGAAGCGUAAAAUAUUCACCUCCAUUAACCGAAGUCCGGUGGAGCGGGUGGAAGCGAAGCAACCGAAACCGUCGAUAGAGACGAACAAUGUGCUGCCGGUUGAAAGCAAGGACGUCGAAAAUCAAGACCCACGUGGUGUAGCAGAAGAGGCGGAACAAGGCGCCACUCCGAAGGGAGCGCCCAAAAAACGAGUUCAAAAGCGGGUCUCGAAAGCGAAACAGGUUGCAAAGAAGAUGGUAGAAAAAGCGAAAACAGUCGUUGUGCCGAGGGCACGAUCCUCGCGCACCAAUGCGCGCAAAGUGGCCACGUACAAGGAGGUGCCCCUUGCGGACGGUGUGCAGGAUGAGAUGGAGCACGAAUUUUCCGCCGACGAUGAGGAUAAAGAUCCGGAUUAUAAAGAGCAGCUAGAGCGGGAGAGCCGGGGUUUGCUACCGGCGGACGGUGACGAUCCGGAGUCCGAUCAGGAAGAGGAGCCGAAGCCGAAAAGCGCACCGGCGAAACGAGUAAGCCGUGCGCGAUCGGCAACCGGCGUUCCGCGGAAACAGCCAACGAAAGUGAAACGAUCGACGACGAGGAAAUCGACCACCGUCUCACCGAAGCUUAGUCCCGGCUCAUCAAAACCUACAUCGCAGAGGGGACGGAAGGCGAAAAAGAUCACCAAGCGCAAGAUGGAUGUUGAUGGGGAGGAGGAAGAGGCCAUACCGGAAGCGGAACAGCCACAAGAGUAUGUGCCCGAGUUUGGACUGGCUCGGCUGAAAAGCAUCCCACGGCUCGAUAUCAACGAGCUGGUCCGCGAUACGAAACUUGCGGACAGUUUCAUCCUCGGUGUCGCUGGUUCGGCGGCGGAAGGACCCAGUUCCAAUGGGAAAACUCGCACCACAGUCGCCGGUAGCACAAAAGAGACUGCGUUGCGCAAAAAGAUGGCAGCAGGGAAGCUGAACGAAAACUUUGUGCGCAUUGACAUCCGCAAGAAGGUGUUUGUGAAGGGGAAGAAAACGAUCAACUAUAGUCGGUACAAGAAGUCACAGUGGAAAGCGAAGAAGGCAGCCGCACUGACCGGGCCGGAGAUGGAUAUGCGCGGGUGUGAUGGCGGUACGCUAACCUGCUUCCAGUGUGGCGGCACCGGGCACAUGGCGUUUCAGUGCAAGAAACCGCUGGAGGACAAGCUGCUGCCGUACGAUGCGGACACGAUCGAAGAGUCCUCCUUUCCCACGCUGGAAGAGGCGGAAGCGAUGGCCAAUUCGCGAACGCUUGCGGUACACUCGAACCGCAUCGAACGGCUUCCACCAGUCGCCAACCCGGUGUGGAAGGAACAGGAGCAAGAAGACCUUCCAGCGGAGGAACAAGUCGGCGAACCUGGAAAGGAAGAACCUUCCACGCUGCCGGUGGAGGACGACUUAGACGAACCGAUGGAGCAGGAAAGCGAUGAGCACCACCAGGAAACGGAGCAGAGUGCAGCGGCGUCACAACCGGCUGCACCAGCCUACAUUGGGCACAAAAUACCGGAAGAGUUCCUCAAACAGUCCGGCCUGUUGGAGGUGACGGUUUCGGGCGGGUUCAAGGGUACGGUAGAACCGCUUUACCAGCAGCGGGGCGAUUGUACGCUCCCGCCGACACCGCCGGAAGUGUUCGAAGCGUUACGUAUGUUUGGCCACCAAAGCUUCCGCCACGGGCAGGAGCGGGCGGUUAUGCGUGUGCUGUGUGGGCUGUCCACCCUGGUCACGCUCAGCACGGGUGCGGGCAAAUCGUUGUGCUAUCAGCUGCCGGCGUACCUGUAUCGAAAGAAUCGUAGCUGCAUCACGCUGGUGAUAUCUCCGCUCGUGUCGCUGAUGGAGGAUCAGGUGCAUGGGAUGCCGGACUUUUUGAAUGCUCACUGUUUGCACACGAACCAAACGCCCAAGGUUCGUGAUCGUACGAUGCAAGCGAUAGCGGCUGGCGAAGUAGAUGUGCUGCUGAUCUCACCGGAAGCGGUCGUAUCGGGUGAAAAAUCGACCGGGUUUGGUUCACUUUUGCGCCAGCUGCCACCGAUCGCCUUUGCCUGUAUCGAUGAAGCGCAUUGUGUGUCCCAGUGGAGUCAUAACUUCCGUCCAAGCUACCUCAUGAUUUGCAAGGUUCUAAAAGAAAAGCUUGGCGUUAAAACGAUUCUGGGUCUUACCGCAACGGCCACCGUUCAAACAAGGCAAAGCAUCGUGUCCCAUCUCGCCAUACCGGACGGAGUACAGGGAAUCAUUAGCGAUAUACCGCUGCCGGACAAUCUGUUGCUGACCGUGUCGCGGGACGCCAACCGGGACGUGGCACUGGUGGAGCUGCUCCAGUCGGAACGGUUCAGCUCGCUGCAAUCCAUCAUCGUGUACUGUACGCGGCGGGACGACUGCGAGCGGGUGGCAACGUUUAUACGCACCUGCUUCCAGGAUGCGGCACGCGCUGCCGCUGCCGCCAAUGCGCACAAGCGCAAACGGCUCAACUACGUGGCGGAACCGUACCAUGCGGGUAUGCCGGCGUCGCGCCGUCGCACCAUACAGAACGCGUUCAUGAGCGGGGAGUUGCGCAUUGUCGUCGCGACGAUUGCGUUCGGCAUGGGCAUCAACAAGGCGGACAUACGGGCGAUCAUUCACUACAACAUGCCGAAGAACUUCGAGAGCUACGUGCAGGAGGUGGGUCGCGCGGGCCGCGACGGGCUCCUGUCGCACUGCCAUCUGUUCCUGGACGGCAAGGGUACGGACCGGAACGAGCUGCGCCGCUUCAUUUACGCCAACUCGAUCGAUCGGCACGUGAUCCGGAAGCUGCUGCAGAAAAUCUUUGUCCCGUGCGCUUGCGCCAAGAUUCUCACCAACAAAGAUUUGGCACUGGAGUUGCGGGAGGAAUUGAAGGCAGUGAACGGUAUCGAUUGGGACGAUGAUUUUGAGGAGCUUUCGACGGCCGAUGGACGCACGCAAGCUGAUGGUGGUGGUGGCGGUACGCGCAAGCGUCUCUGUCCGGGGCAUGAAAUAUGCUUCUCGAUCGAGGCCACCGUUCAGCAGCUGGAUAUUCCGGAGGAAAAUAUUACCACCUUCCUGUGCUAUCUGGAGCUGGACGAGCAGCGCUACAUACAGGCGCUCAGCCCGGCGUACACGAUGUGCAAGGUGAUGUCGUACGGGGGCGUGCGGCCGCUGCGCCAGGCAGCGAAAGAGUGUCCACCGCUGGCGAUGGCAUUUGCGCUCGAUCUGAAGCGUGGCAUUUCGCAUGCCACCUCGACAGCGAUCGAGUUUCCGGUGAUCGACGUAGCGUCCGCCAUCGGUUGGGACAGCGGCGUCGUCAAGUAUCAGCUGAAAAAUCUCGAAUGGACCACAGUAAAUAACGUACGCAAACGCUCGCCACUGUCGGUGACGUUCACUGAGCUGGGAUUUCGAGUGCGCGCACCGGGCGAUUUAACCGACGAAGAGCUGGACCACGCACUAGACGGGCUGUACGAGCGCGUUACGCACCAGGAGCGAACGCAGCUGGCCCAGCUGCAGUACAUCUCGGACGCGCUGAACUCGGUCUGCUUCAACACCAUCGGGCCGGUAAGUCGAGCCGACUGUCCCACCGGACCCUCGGACAAACUGAAAACCAUCGUGCGGGAGUACUUUACGACGGACAUCAGCAAGGAGCAGAUAGAAAUCGUCCCGGAGCCCGAUGACACAACGGACGAGCAGCUUAUCAACGACAUUCGCACGGCGAUCUGCCGGUAUCCGGAGAACAACUUUACCGGCCGAGCGAUUGCCAGGCUGUUCCACGGUGUGCAAAGCCCCAACUACACGGCACUGGUAUGGUCGCGGUCCAACUUCUGGCGCGCGUACACCAAAACCGACUUCAAUCGCAUCGUGCGCCUAGCCAACGCGGAGAUUGUACGCAUGAGAACGUGAACGUGGCGCAAAACGCAAAAUAAAAGUGCAACGAGAUGUUUAAUUUCAAA